GAGGUUGGGCCUUGCCUACGCCCGGGUUUGUAGUGGGUGGUCAGAAGGCAGGGUCAAGGCGAUGCGAAGAUAAGAGGGUCUAUCACCGUAAUGCGUUGGGCAGCUGUUGUGUUGUGCUUAGACGUGGGCCCUGCCAUGAAUAACUCCUUUCCUGGUGAAGAAUCACCAUUUGAAUUGGCAAAGAAGGUGAUGACCAUGUUUGUGCAGCGACAGGUGUUUGCUGAAAGCAAGGAUGAAAUUGCACUAGUCCUUUUUGGUACAGAUGGCACCGAAAAUGCCCUGGCUGGUGAGGGUCAGUAUCGGAACAUCACUGUGCACAGACACCUGAUGCUCCCAGAUUUUGACUUGCUGGAAGACAUUGAAAGCAAAAUCCAACUAGGUUCACAACAUGCUGAUUUCGUGGAUGCACUCAUCGUGUGCAUGGAUGUUAUUCAACAAGAAACUGUAGGGAAGAAGUUCGAGAAGAGGCAUAUUGAAGUGUUCACUGACCUCAGCAGCCCAUUCAGCAAAGAUCAGCUGGAUAUUAUAAUUCAGAACUUGAAGAAAUUUGGCAUCUCCCUGCAAUUCUUUUUGCCUUUCCCGGUUGGCAAGGAAGAUGGAACAGGGGACAGCGGAAACAGCAAGUUGGGCUCAGGCCACCAGGGACCCUCCUUUCCUCCAAAAGGAAUUACUGAACAGCAAAAAGAAGGUAUUCAGAUAGUGAAACAAGUAAUGAUGUCUUUAGAAGGUGAAGAUGGUCUGGAUGAAAUUUAUUCCUUCAGUGAGAGUCUGAGACAGCUGUGUGUCUUUAAGAAAACUGAGAGGCAUUCCAUGCCCUGGCCUUGUCAACUAACCAUUGGCUCCAAUUUAUCUAUAAAGAUUGUGGCUUAUAAAUCGAUUACACAGGAGAAAGUUAAGAAGACUUGGACAGUUGUGGAUGCAAGAACCCUGAGAAGAGAAGAUAUACAAAAAGAAACAGUCUACUGCUUAAAUGAUGAUGAUGAAACUGAAGUUCCAAAAGAAGAUAUUAUUCAGGGGUACCGCUAUGGAAGUGAUAUUAUUCCUUUCUCCAAAGUGGAUCAGGAACAAAUGAAAUAUAAAUCUGAGGGGAAAUGCUUCUCUGUUUUGGGAUUUUGUAGGUCUUCUCAGGUACACAGGAGAUAUUUUAUGGGAUAUCAAGUACUAAAGGUCUUUGCAGCAAAAGAUGAUCAGGCAGCGGCGGUGGCUCUUUCCUCCCUCAUCCAUGCUUUGGAGGAAUUGGACAUGGUAGCCGUCGUUCGAUAUGCUUAUGACAAAAGAGCCAAUCCUCAAGUUGGUGUGGCUUUUCCUUAUAUCAAGGACACCUACGAGUGUUUGGUGUAUGUGCAGCUGCCUUUCAUGGAAGACUUGCGGCAAUACAUGUUUUCAUCCUUGAAAAAUAACAAGAAAUACACUCCCACAGAGGCACAGUUGAGUGCUGUUGAUGCUUUGAUUGACUCCAUGAGCUUAGUAAAGAAAGACGAAGAGGAGGAUACCAUUGAGGACUUGUUUCCGAACACCAAAAUUCCAAAUCCUCAGUUUCAGAGAUUAUUUCAGUGUUUGCUGCACAGAGCUUUACAUCCUCAGGAACCUUUGCCUCCAAUUCAGCAGCAUAUUUUGAAUAUGCUGGAUCCCCCCAUGGAAGUAACAGCUAAAUGUCAAGUUCCUCUCUCUAAAAUAAAGAGCCUGUUCCCUUUGACAGAAGCCGUCAAGAAAAGGGACCAAGUAACUGCCCAGGACAUUUUCCAAGAUAACCAGGGAGAAGGACCCAUCUCUAAAAAAUUCAAGACUGAGGAAGGGGAAGCGAACUUUAGUGUCUCCAACCUGGCUGAAGGCCACGUCACCAGCGUUGGAAGUGUGAACCCUGCUGAGAACUUCCGUGUGCUAGUGAGGCAGAAGAAUACCAGCUUUGAGGAAGUGAGUCACCAACUAAUAAGUCGCAUUGAGCAGUUUUUGGAUACUAAUGAGACGCCUUAUUUUAUGAAGAGCAUGGACUGUAUCAAAGUCUUCCGUGAAGAAGCCAUUCAGUUUUCAGAAGAGCGGCGCUUUAACGACUUCCUGAAAGCCCUGCGAGAAAAAGUGGAAAUGAAACAAUUAAAUCAUUUCUGGGAAAUAAUCAUUCAGGAUGGAGUUACUCUGAUCACCAAAGAUGAAGUCUCUGGAAGCUCUGUCACAGCUGAGGAAGCCAAAAAGUUUCUGGCCCCCAAAGAAAAUCCAAAUGAAGACACGGCAGCCAAAUUUGAAGAAGGUGGUGAUGUGGAUGAUUUACUGGACUUGAUAUGAGCAUGGAUAGUGAGGAAUCUACAAGAAUUGCCAUCCCUGACAUGCCAGACGUCUGCCUGGAACAAGCUGGAGGGAGCCAUUCGGGGAACCGGAAGUGCUGGGCAUAGUCCCUGCAGACAUGUAUCGCUUUAAUUCUCUCUAGAAUGAAAAUAUACACAAAGAAGAAAUAAUGUAGACCCCGUACAGGUUUAUAAAGAGUCAUUGUUAUUUUCUGAUCA